AGGCAGCGGUUACUUUAAAUACGAACAAAUGUUUUGUGAUCAAGCAUGCUCUAAACAACACCCAUUCAUCUCUUCUUUCUUCUUUAUUUAGUUUUAAGUUUUCAACUAUGGAACUUAACCAUGACUCGAUAUUCGCUCCAGCGGUUCCCAAUGAGAUUCAUGGAAUCAAGCUCUUGAGACAAACUUCGGAUGCUAAGCUUGCUGAACUUGGGGUUGUCUCUUGGCCUUUAUGGGAAAGCAUUCCACGCAAAUUUCCAUGGCAGUUUAAGAACACAGAAACGAUGUACUUCGUCGAGGGGAAGUUGAAGGGGAAGGUAGAAGAGCAUCACAAAGAAGGAGAAGCCUUAGAAUUGAGGGCAGGGGAUUUGGUUGUGUUUCCUAAAGACAUGAAAGUUUUUGUGGAUGUAACUGAAGAUGUGAAGAAACAUUAUUAUAGAGGAGAGGGAGCCAGAGAUUGUAAAAUCUGAAUUACCUUAAUAUACUAGACCAGUAGACUUACAAGGGGAUGUAUGAUCCGAACAGAUUGAAUUUUUCAUCUUCACAUCAUAUUUGUGUGUGUAGCGACAUAAGUAUAUUUUUGUGUAACAACAUCAAUAAAGUUCUCUAGUCCAGUGGUAA